AUGGAAUUGACUAGAAUGCCCUCGUUUCUGAAUAGAGAAAGAAAAGUGACAACGACGGAGGAAAAUGAUUUUGUCGAAAUGUCGAGUGUGCAACCACGUGAAAGCACAACUAGUGAGUUUGACUUAAAACCUCUUAUUGAUAAGGAUGAAGAUGAUGAAAUAAUUGAUAAUAUUGAUGAAAGAGAUACUGCUAAACUAACAAAAAAUCGUGUAGAUCAAAAUUUAGAAAAAGAGGAUGAAGAAACUCCUUCUAUUAGGCACGAAGCCAAUGAUUCCAACAGAAAUAUUAAUGUAUCCUCCUCGCUUAAACAUUCUAAAAGUCUUAGUAGGAUGAGUGAUAUACUUGCAAGGGCAUCAACAAGGGUUGUUAACUUGGCAAAUAUUUCUCAAGAACAGUUUGAAAAAGCAGAAUUAAAACAAUCUUCACAAGCUUCCUCAUUAUCACGUAGAUCGUUUAGUCAUAAGGAUAGUAGUAGUAUUAUAAGAAAUCGAUCAAUUCCUGCAGAUUCUUUCAAACAGCAAAGAUCUUCACAUCAUAAACCAAAUGAAAGUUUUCAAUCUGCAAGUCAACAAUUCGGCCCUCCAUUAUUCGGAAAUUCAUUGUACAUUUUUAGCCCAACCAAUUCUAUAAGGAUAUGGUGUUUUGAAUUAUUAAGUAAUCCAUGGGCCGAAAUAGUGAUUUUAUCACUUAUAUUAUUACAUAUUUUAUUAUUGGUUAUUGAUGCAUGGAAUCCAGUUAAUGAUAAUGAAGUAGCACCAAUGUGGAGUCAAUCUAUAGCUAUGGAAAUUACAGCAAGGAUUAUUGUUUCUGGGUUGAUUAUCAAUCCCAAAAAAGAAAUUCGUUCAAUAGCAUACGAUGAAUUAUAUCCUGAACCUAAAAAUUCUCAAAUAACAUCAUCAUUUAAUUCAAAACAAUCUUAUUCUCAUACAAGAGAUGGUUCAUUAUCAUUAUCAUAUAAUCAAUACGGUUUGCCCAACACCAUGGCAAUAUCUAUAUCAGAUACCGCAUUUUUAAGACACACUUUCAAUAGAAUUGAUUUAAUUGCUGUUUGUAGUUUUUGGAUUCAUUUGAUAAUAACUUUAUGUGGAGUUCAGCAUUUUUAUUUAUUGAGAGCAUUAUCUACUCUGAGAAGCCUAAGGCUUUUGUCAAUCACAAGUGGUAGUGCAACAAUAUUACAUAUUAUUGGCACUCAAGCAUUCCAAGGUUCAUUUUUAAGACAUUGUGUAUGGACAAAUCCUGUUAAUAUUAGUGAUACAAUUGAAAUUCCAGAUAAACAUUGUGGUGGGUUUUUUCAAAUAAAUGAGGAAAAAAAUGUGGUAGAAGCUGUCGGAGUUUCUUCACAACCACCCAAAGGAUUUAUUUGUCCAUUAGGUCAAAUAUGCAAGGAAACUUCAAAUCCAUACAAUAAAAUGAUUUCUUUUGAUAAUUUUGGAGUUUCCAUGAUUUUAGUGUUUGUUAUAUCUUCAAUUCAAAAUUGGUCUUAUUUGAUGUAUUCAACAAUGGAUUCUGAAUAUGGAAUAUCUUGCUUAUAUUUUAUUGUUGCAGUCAUUAUUUUAAAUUAUUGGCUUGUCAAUUUGUUUGUUGCUGUUAUCACAAAAAUGUUUGCAAAAAUUCGUGAUGAUACAUCACAUUCAGCUUUUACAUUAUCAAAAUCUACACCUGUUUUGUUGGAUGAUGCUGAAGGAUGGAAAUUACAAGAUGGGAAAAAAACAAUAAAACCAAACAUGCUAAAUCGUAUAAUGAGAGAAACUAAAUAUAUUUGGGUCUUUUUUAUAUUCAUUGACCUAUUCAUUAUGGCAUUUAGAAGAAAUAAUGAUGAUGGUGCAAAGACUGAGGUUAUAGAUCGAGCUGAACUUGUUUUUACAAUAAUAUUUAGUGUAGAAAUACUUUUGAGAUUUUUUUCAUAUUUUCCAAAGUUGAGGUUAUUUUUUGACAAAUGGGCAAACAUAGUAGAUUUAACAUUGGUUAUUAUAACACUCGUGAUUCAAAUCCCUUUUAUAAAAAAUUCACCUGUAUAUGUUUAUAUGACUGUAUUUCAAAUAGCAAGGAUUUACAGAGUUGUAAUUGCUGUACCAAGAUUAAGAAGUUUAUUGGUGAGAGUUUUAGGAAGUUUGGUGGGUUUGGUGAAUUUGAUAUUUUUUAUUAUUAUUGUAAAUUUUAUUGCAGCAAUAAUUGGAGUCCAAUUAUUACGUGGUGUAAUCCCGUAUGAAGAUGAUAACGAUUUUGAUGGUAUUCCAAAUACUAUGAAUUUUAGUGAUAUAUUUAAUGGUUUUAUAGCAUUUUAUCAGUUGUUUUCUGGUGAAGAUUGGACAACAGUAUUGUACAACACAUUGCAAUAUGAAUCAAUAAAGGGCAGCACUGCAACAGCAUACAUAGCAGCAUCAAAACCAAAAGCUUUAUAUGUAGAAAAUAUUCCUUCUAAUUUGAUUUUACAUACACAAAAAAGAAGAGUUAGAGAAUUUCUGAAUGAUAAUAACGAUUUUAAUGAAAAAAUGGGACACAAAAAUGAUGAUAAUGUUGAUAAAUCAAAUUCAUUUAUUAAAUAUCUUCAACGAUGUUUUGGUAUUAACGUAGAAAAUGAUCAAACCCCAUUAUUUAAAAAUGACAAUGAUAGAAGAAGUGUACAAUUUGAUGAAAUGAAUGUGGGAGGAAACAAUGAUGGCUUUGCUGGAGAUACAGUCAAUGAAAGACAUGCAGAAAUUUUUCUCGAUGAUUACCAAGAACGCAGAGCAAUGAAAGCUGAUUUUAUAGCAGCUCACCCAAAUUAUAAUGCAUCACUCUGGUUUUUGUCACCUAAUAAUCGUAUACGUAGAUAUUGUCAACUGUUGGUGCCAUCAAGUUAUGGAGAAAGGAUUUAUGGGACAAGACCAAAUUCUACAUUAAGUUUGGUAUUUGGUAUUUUUAUCUAUUUUUGUAUCGUAGCUAGUGUAGUUUUAGCAUGCAUUACUGUACCUUCAUUUCAAGUAGUAUAUUAUCAAACACACGAAAGGAACAGCGGACCAUGGUUUUGGGUCACAUGGUUUUGGGUUACAGAUCUUGUAUUUACGUUGAUUUUUAUGAUCGAAUUUGCUAUAAAAAUAAUUGCAGAUGGAUUUUUAUUGACACCAAAUGCUUAUCUGCUUAACGUCUGGAAUCAAUUAGAUUUUGUAGUAUUAAUUACCCUAUUUAUAAAUUUGGUUUUCUCAAUCUCUACUACCAGUAAUAUUUCGGUUUCAAGAGCUAUAAGGGCAUUUAAAGCUUUAAGAGCUUUAAGAUUGAUCAAUUUAUCAAGUUCAAUUAAAAACACGUUUCAUGCAAUUUUAAUAGCUGGAGCACCUAGAAUUUUAGAUGCAGCAUUAUUGUCAAUAAGUUUAAUUAUACCAUUUGCAAUAUAUGGACAAAAUAUAUUUUCAGGGUUAUUUUUUUUAUGUAAUGAUACUGAUUCCGCUAUAGUGGGUAUAGAUGAUUGCAAAGACGAAUAUCAGCAAAUUCUAUAUAACCAGCUGCCUGUGUUAACACCAAGAAUAUGGGACAAUCCAUAUUCAUAUAAUUUUGAUGACUUUCAAUCAAGUUUAAGAAUAUUGUUUGAAAUUGUUUCAGGUGAAGGAUGGAUAAAUGUCAUGACAACUUCAAUGAACAUAAAAGGAAAAGAUUUAUCACCAGUGCCAUUUGCUUCUAAAUGGAAUUCAUUGUUUUUUAUGGUAUAUAAUUUGGCAGGUGCUGUAUUUGUCCUAACAUUAUUUAUAAGUGUUAUCAUAUCAAAUUAUCAAUCAAAGUCAGGUGCUGCAUACUUGACAUCAGAUCAAAACAGAUGGAUCGACUUGCAGAAAAUAUUGAAACAAAUCAAACCAUCAAAAAGACCAAAGAUCAAACCAUUUAAUAAAAUCAGAAGAUUUUGUUAUGAUUUGAGUGUUGAGAAAAGGGGUAUUCUUAGUAAAAUCAUGACAGGAGUUUAUAUACUGCACAUUUUGUUGCUUUUGACUGAGUCUAAAUAUUUUGAAGAUGUUACUUGGUAUGAGAGCUUAAAAAGUGCUUUAUUUACAGUAUUUAUAAUAAUCUAUAUUAUAGAUAUCGUGAUAAAGAUCACAGGAUUGGGAUGGAGUGUUUUUCGUAGCAAUAGAUGGAAUUUAUUUGAUUUAGUAGUGGUUACGGGUGCUGCAGUUACUAAUAUACUAAAUCUUAUACCAAACUCUAACAUUGAUGCAAUAAAAUAUCGAAAAAUUUUUUUGAUAUUGAUUGCUUUUAAAUUAUUUCAAAAAAGUGACGUUCUAAAUCAGUUAUUCAAAAACAUGGUUUCAAGUAUACCAUCAAUCUUUAAUUUAUUUGCAGUUUGGUCUAUUGUAUUUGUUGUAUAUGCUAUAAUGUUUAUGGAAAUUUUUGGACUUACCAGAUAUGGACCUAAUAGUGGCGACCAUAUUAAUUUUAGAAAUUUUCCAACAGCAAUGAUAACGUUAUUUAGAAUGGUUACAGGAGAAGGAUGGAAUUCAAUAAUGUAUGAUUAUAAAGUAGAGUCCCCAUUUUGUGUAAGCGGUGAAGAUUUUCUACAGAGCGAUUGUGGUAGUCAACAUUGGGCACAUUUUCUAUUCAUAUCAUGGAAUGUUUUAUCAAUGUAUAUAUUUGCAAAUAUGUUUAUAGUGGUGGUUACAAACAAUUUCUCAUAUUGUUAUCAGAUUGCAGCGGAAUUCAGUUUGGUGAACCGUGAUGAGAUCAGAAAAUUUAAAAAAGUUUGGGGAGAAAUUGAUAUAAACAGAACAGGUUAUAUUAAAAGCGAAGAUUUUGGAAAAUUUUUUAGUAUUCACAAACAAUUUGAUUUAAGUAAUCUCAGUAAUGUUAGUCAUAAUACUCAAGAACUUUUUAGACAAAAUGCAAUGUGGGGUAGUAGCAAACAAAAAGAAAAUAAUACAUUACAAGUUGACGAUAUUGAUGUUAGAAAACUUGAACAUAAUUUGUUACAAAUUAAUCAACAAAAAGAAGCUUUAAUAUCAGUGGAAAGAGAUGGUUUUGGUAGUGAAAAAGGGGUUUCAUUUACAAACAUGCUGUUAAUGCUUUCUCAUUAUAAAUUAAUUGAUGAUGAAAAAAGUUUAGAAAUUCAUGAAUUUGUAAAGAGAAAAGAAAAAUUAGACAAAGUUGCAGAUAAUGUUAACAGAGAUCGUGUCAGGUCCCUGUUGAGAACGAUAUAUUGGCAUAAAAAAUUCAAAGCUAUAAAAGAAGAAAGAAUAUUAAAGGAGAGAAUGAGCGGAGCUGGAAUACCGACAAUUAUGGUGAAUGAUAUGGAAUCUCAAAAUCUCAGAGUCAAUACAGAUGAUAUUGAUGGAACACAUUCACCAUCAUUUAUUGGCGGUGCACCAAGCCCCUUGUCCUUUAAUAGUAUUUCAGCAGCCACAACACCAGGGUCAACAAGUUCACCAGGAUCUCCAAUGUCUAUGAACUCUGACCAUCACAUAUCUGAUUAUUUUAUCACAAGAAUGUCCAGUUUCAAUUCUAAUGAAUUCUCAAAUGCAACGUCAUCUGUUUUUGUUUUUUGGAAUUCAAUUGAUUCCAACUCAGAAAUAGACGAUCAGACUGCAAACCAACUAUUUAAUAAUUUGCAAAAUAAUUAUUGGCAUGAAAUGUCCAAUGAAAAUGAAGAAAAUCCAUCAUAA